GUUUGUUUUUAGUUUCUCAAACUCUGAAAUAGAGGAAGCAAUGCUAUCAGACCAAAUUUAAUGUCCACCCACCAUCUUCUGAACCACUCCUAACUCCUUUCUCUUUCUUACUCUCUUCCCCUCACUCUUUUCUUUCCUCUCAUUAUUUUUCAUUUUUCAUUUUUUAUUUUUCUUCUCACUUUCUGUUAUUCCAGAUCUGUUAUUUAUUUCAAUUUAAUCCAAAAUGAGUAAAGAAGAGUUCUUGAAGAUUCAGACUUGUGUUCUUAAAGUUAACAUACAUUGUGAUGGUUGUAAGCACAAAGUCAAGAAAAUCUUGCAUAAAAUUGAAGGGGUGUAUAAAACAAAUAUAGAUGCAGAGCAAGGGAAAGUAACAGUUUCUGGGAAUGUAGACCCAACAACACUUAUAAAGAAGCUUAAUAAAGCUGGUAAACAUGCAGAAUUCUGGGGUGCACCUAAACCAAAUAACAAUCAAAACAACAAAAACCAAAAUCAGAAUCAGAAACCUGGUGGUGGGGGUGGAGCCCACCAAAACCCACCUAAAGGUGGUGGUGGUGGUGGGUCCCAGCAAACAAAUGCACAGUUGCAGAAACUGCAACAACAAAUGAAAGGGCUUGGUAUGGGAGAUCUCAAGAUGGGCCCACAAUUUCAAGGUAUGAAGAUGGCUUUUAAGGAUAAUAAUCACCCACAAGCGCCUAAACAAGGAGGAGGGAGCAAAGCUGUGAAGUUUAAUGUACCUAUUGAUGAUGAUUUGGGUGAUGAUGAAUUUGAUGAUGAUGAUGAUUAUGAUGAAGAUGAUGAAUUUGAUGAUGAUGAUGAUGCGUUUGAUGAUGAUUUUGAAGAUGUUGGUAAGAUGAAACCCAAGGGUCCACCACCCAAUUUGAUGAUGAAUGGUGGUGGUGGUGGCGGCAGUGGUGGAAAUCCUAUGAUGAAUCCUCAAAUAAUGAAUGCUAUUGCACAAGCAAAAGCUGCUAAUGGCGGCGGUGGAGGUGGUGGUGGUGGUGCCGGGGUGAUGAACCCUCAAUUAAUGAAUGCAAUUGCUCAAGCUAAGGCUGCUAAUGGUGGUGGUGGUGGAAAUAAUAAUGGUAAUAAAAAAGGUGGCGGCGGCGGCGGAGGUGGAGGAGGUGGAGGAGGAAAUAUCCCAGUUCAGGUAAAUGGUGGUAAAAAAGGAGGAGGAAAUAAUAAUAAUAACAAUAAUAAUAAUAAUAAUAAUAAUAAUAAUAAUAAUAAUAAUAAUAAUAAUCAAAAUCAAGGAGGUGGUAAAAAUUGUGGUGGUAAACUAGGAGAUGGGCCCCCACCUGGAAAUGGGGGUAAAAAUGGUAAUAAUGGACAACAUCAAGGAGGAGGUUAUGGUGGUGGAAACAUGAUGAUGAACGGUGGGGGAAAGAAAGGAGGAAAUGGUGGGAUGAAUGAUGGUGGGUUACCAUCAAAUCAUCAUGGCAUGGGUGUCAAUGUAAAUGGAAUGAACAUCAAUCAUGGUAUGGGUGCAGCCCCCCACAUGGGCCAAAUGCCCCCAUCUGUAGCUCAAAUGGCUAACAUGCAAAUGGGCCCAAUGGGUUCAAUCCCGGCCGUUCAAGGGCUACCUGCCAGCACUGCCGGGUCCGCUUACUUCCACGGUGGUCCACCCCCGGAGAUGAUGGGCGGCGCAAACCCAUACCACCAACAAAUGUUAGCCCAAAUGAUGAUGAACCAACAACGGGCCAAUGGCAAUGAGCGGUUUCAACCCAUGAUGUACGCUCAGCCACCACCGGACAUGCAUUAUAUGUAUCCGCCGCCACCAGCUGACCCAUAUAGCCACUAUUUCGGUGAUGAAAAUACCUCAUCAAGUUGUAAUGUAAUGUGAUAGAGAUUUGCCCAAAAAAGCAGAGUCCUUGUUUGGUCAUGAAAAUGAUACUUGAGUCCAAAAACAAUUACAACUCUCCAUAAAAAAGAAAGAGCCUUUCAUUAAUUAGCUAAGGUUUUUCUAAAUUUCACUUGUUAAUUUUACUCUUUAUUAAGUAUUCUAUCUAAUUUGAUUUCAAUUAUGAUAGAGGAGGGUACUUUAUAUUAUCAUAGAUAAUAAUAUAUUUAUUAUUUAUAUAAAAAGAAAACAAGUUUGUAGUGGAGGAUGAUAAUGCAAACAUUACAAGAGGAAGAGAUUCAAUGUCUAUGUGUUAUAAUGUUUAGUUUUAA